AUGUUUAUAUUUAUUUUUGUUCAAGUAGUCAUUUCCCAAAUACCUUAAGGAUUUGUUCGUUUGAGAGAUAUUGAUAAUACAAUUUUGCAAGAUAUGCGAUAUGCAUAAUAUCAUAAUUUUGUAGGGAGACCAAUAAGAGGUUACUUACUUGAAGAGUGUGUAUUAACUAUUGAAGCUGCUUAAUAAUUAUCAUUGAAUCAACGAAUUGCUAUGGCUAUGGGUUAUAGAAUAAAGGUUUGGGAUUGUUAUCGUCCUUAAAAGGCAGUUGAUGAUUUCUAUUAAUGGAGUCUAAAUGAUGACACUACUAUGUAGUAAGAAUUUUAUCCUGGAGAAUAAAAGGAUCUUCUAUUUGAUCAUGGAUAUAUUGCCAAGAAAUCUGGACAUAGUAGAGGAUCAACUGUUGAUUUGACUUUAGUCCCAUAUUAUCCUGAAGAACAAGAAUAAUAUAAACCAGGUGAUUAAUUAAUUCCAUGUUUCGAAGAUAAUAGGUAAUAUUAAAUAAAACAAUUAUUAGAUUUAAAGAUAAUACCAUUGAUAUGGGAACUGGAUUUGAUUGCUUUGAUGUAAAAGCCCAUACCUAUUGUGGUGAUUUGACUAUUAAAUAGAGAAAUAAUAGAGACACUCUUUUAUAAGUAAUGGUGAAUUUUUCAAAUUAUAUUGAUGAAUGGUGGCACUUCACUUUAAUAAACGAACCAUAUAAAAAUACAUAUUUUGAUUUCGACAUUAAAGAUUGA